AAAAGGAGGUAAAAGAAAAGAGUAUGGCAAUAAAUAAGAGUAAGGAAAGGAGGCGUGGUUCCCCGUGACUUGAACUCCUUUAAUACUCUUUCAUCUCUUCUUUUUCUCUUCCCCUCACUUGGCACUUGGCACUUGGCAUCCACCACCAUCAACUUCUUCUUCCUUCCUCCCUCUUUUUCUCUUAUCCAAUCACUCAAUCGCAAUUACCUAUGGCUUCCUUCCUAGAUUCAACUAAUUCACACACCCUGCGAGAAUCCAACCACAAGAAGCGCCGCAAAAUCGGAGAACACGCCGCCGCCGUCCCGUGGAGAUCCGACGCCGAGCACCGGAUCUACUCGCGCCGCCUCGUCGAAGCACUCCGCCGCACUCCCUCGUCUCCGGCAAAGCCUAGAGCCGCCGGCCAGGUCCGCGAUACCGCCGACCGAGUCCUCGCCGCCACCGCCAGAGGCCGGACGCGCUGGAGCCGCGCGAUCCUCGGCCGCUGGAGGAAGCUCCGGACGCAACACAAGAAGGUCAAGAAGGCGUCGUCUAACGGAUUGAAGAGAACGAGGAUCGCCGGCGAGAGGAGGAACCGGUUACCGGCUGUGCAGAAGAAGGCGCGCGUUCUCGGCCGCUUGGUUCCCGGUUGCCGCAAGGUCUCGUUCCCGAACCUUCUCGAAGAAGCCACGGACUAUAUCUCCGCCUUGGAGAUGCAAGUGCGAGCCAUGACGACUCUCGCCGAACUACUCGCCGGCGCCGCGCCGGCCGGAGUCGCCGGCGCCGCGUUGAGUUGACCGCGCGCGUUGGUUACGACCUGCGCCAGGUGUUUAUUAAUUUUUUUUUGUUUUAUUUUUUUAAUUAUAUAUCGUUUUUAUUGGUUUCCAGAUUCAUGUAUUUUAUCGUGUACACUGUACAUGCCAUUUGCUUAUUCCUCUCUUUGAGUUCCACUAUCACCACCUUCCUUCUUCUUCUUUCUUUUAUUCUUUCAUAUUUAAUUGAAUGUGAACAUGCUACCUA